ACACGCCGGCACAGGUUGCGGGGGGCGGAGUCAAACAGCUGGAUAGCCCGGAGUGUCUCGUGGCGGCUAUCAUGCAGGUCGCGCUACGCGUUGAAGGCAAACGAACUCCCCUUUCGUUUCCCCGCUAUCACUAAAUGCUCUAAACGGGGUUUCGUCCGAGAAAACGCCAGCAAACUACCGCUUCUGCGCCCUUUUUUGCUUUUGUUUCCCCCUCGGCUAACUGAAAAGGGAAGACGCCAAGUCGUCUAACACUGAAGUUAAGGAAAACGACUUGUGGUGGGAGAAAAAAAACACCACUUGCUAGAAAACGUAGCGGAAGUGUGCCUGAAAAAUGACUCAUUUGCCGUCAGUGCAGAUGUCAGCCCCACACAGUUAAAUGUUAGAACAACUUGGGCACAUUUUGCUCGGGUGGUCGAAGAGGAAAAAAAGGAAAGAGGGUUCGAGGUGCCUGCCAUGUCUCUGUGGGUGAUCCUGCCGAUUAGCCUCCCAGCACUGACCAUCACUGGGAUCUGGGUUGUGUAUGCCAUGGCCCUCUACAACCAGCACGUCUGCCCGGUGGAUAACUGGUUGUACAACCAGUCGUGCGAAGAGGAGCUGUACUUGCAGAGCGGCCCAGUGUUGUGCUGCACGCUCGACAACAUACCUCUCAUCAGUAAAUGUGGGACGCUUCCGCCGGAGAGUUGCUUCUUCAGCCUUAUCUGCAGCACAGGCUCAUUCAUGGUCAUGGUGAUCGUGCUGCUCCGCUACGCCCACGUCAUUGAGAAGCACCAAAAUUGCGUCCUCAACACGGCGAGUCUCUCCACAGGCUGGAUCUGUGCGGCUGGACUCAUCAUGGUGGGCAACUUCCAGGUGGACUAUGCCAAAAUUCUCCACUAUGUCGGAGCAGGCAUCGCCUUCCCCACCAGUAUGCUGUUUGUGUGCCUGCAGUCGGCGCUGACCUACCGGCUGGCCAAGACGCAGGGGGAGUACAAUGUGGCCCACCUACGGCUCUGCAUGACCUUACUCGCCUUCGUCGCCUUGGUACUCAGCGGCGUGUUUUUCUGCCAGGAAAGAUUCAUCCUGCAGCACGCCUCGGCCAUCUUCGAGUGGGUCUUCUGCGUCAUCAUCAUGCUCUUCUACGGGACGUUCGCCUUCGAGUUUGCCGGCAUUUCGGGGGACACCGUGGCCGUGCUGGCCCGAGGGGGCUCCCUGGGGGGCGUGGGGAGGGAACACAAGAUGGACUCGCUGGGUCCGCCGCCACCGCCGCACCCAUCCGAAAACAUGUCCAUCCUGUAGGGCCCGACGUGCUGGAUUAUCCUUCCAGGACAGGGGUUGUCAAAUCAGUUGAGUCACUCAAUCCCAUGACGAUUUGAACUCAAGCAAAGCUCCAACGGAAAACCUUUCUUUCAUUACAUCCGAGCUUUUCCACCUCCUUUCCGCCUGUCUGCAUUUUGCACGUGUGUGUGAAACCAAAUUUCCCAGCCAGCCAGCCAGCCGGCCGGCGUUCAGCGCCUCGUGUUAGCAUCGGAGAGCUAAAGGUCCAUCAGAUUAAGAAAAAUCUCUUGUUCCCCUCUCCCGCCCUCUCCGUCUCAACAAGUGACCUUGGAUGUUUUCCUCUUCAGGUGAUUACAACCGGGCCUUUUUCAUUUCAUUUGGUGAGUGCGCGCAUGCUAAACAGCGAGCUGCUGGACGGCCGCAGCUCAAAUUAGAAAGGCCCGUAUUGUCUGCUGCUCUCAUCGGAGGAAGGUCAGGACAGAAGCAAUAAACUCUCUUCAGAUUGUCCUACAGACCAGUUACGUAAAUACUGUUACACAUAAAAAAAGCGGGGGGGGGGGGGGGGGGGGACCCGGUAUGUAGAAUUUUCAUAGUUUAUCUGCGAUAUCUAAAAAUGAGCUCAGAUUACAGAUUUGCAUAGCAGGCCCCCCCCCCCCCGCUCAGAGCGCGAAUGAUGUUUGCUCCCCACUGACAUCUUUGUCACUGUUUGUUUGUAUUCAUGUUUUCCAAGUACUGAUGCUGCCUCACAAUGCAGACGCUUGAUUGUCCAAACGUUGCCAACAGACCUCCGUUGCUAUACGAUUCUCUGCCAAAGAUGCUACGCAGACUUCUGUGCAUUCCAUCCGCUCACUGUGUCCUUCACGUUACACCUCAUCUCAACAUCUUUUCUCAGCCACGAAUAUUUUAUAACUUUGGUUUGAUUGGUUUUGGUCCAUGUCCUUCAGUAAGUAUUUACUGCAAGGACACGGAGAGCUUAGAGGACGAGCCUUUUGGGAACCUCCCAGGUGAACUCGGGCCGACCGAAAUGGCCGUAAGUGGCGGUCUGCUGGUAGAUGGGCCUCUUCAGCUGAAGCUCCCUGCAGAGAAAUCAUUCAAUGCAUUACAGGAAAGUUCAAUUUAAUUAUCAUUGCCAUUUUUUAAAUGUUGACUGGCUUGAUUUAUGAUUUGCUUUUGCUUGUAUGAAUAAUAUUUUUCAGGGAUGAUUCCCAGGAAGCAAUGAGACAAAGCUUUUUGUGAACCAAUAGGAAUUUAGCAGCCAUGUCACAGAACGCACACAAAGAAGUUAAGUAACACAUAAAAGCGCUCUACUUGAUCACAUUGUCCAUUGCUGCUUUUUUUCCCCCCUGCCUUAAAGGCUUCAUUCUUGAUUGAUCCUUUCCUUGCUUUGUGUUUCUCUUCUCCACAGAAACAAACUCAAUGGACCUAAAGUUUUGGCUGGGAGGUCUAAUCCUAUUUUCUCUGUUCAGAGUGGCAUGUGGCGGACAAGUUACCAGAAACGACAUUACCAUUGUUACCACUGGCAAGAGUGGUAACCUGGUUGGCAACAUGAUAGUCCCGCUCCUGCUGUUGUCUUCUACCACCUUUGUGGCUGUUGCUGAUGUGCAGCCAUGUUCACUUGGAACCUAAUUUUUCAUUAAUAAACAAUACAUUGCUGCUA